UACCAUCGUCGUUGACGUUUAUUCAGGAAGACCUCUGACGAGUUCCUCGUGGAAUCGUCUAGUCGUUCCUGCAAGUAGGAUAGAUCAAUAAGCAACGACAGGGUGAUUCUUCGCUGGCUCAUUCCACGCUUAACCACCUCGUCAGACGCGCAGGACGGUGCGUCGAUCCAUGUUUCGGUCAUCGGGAUCGUAGAAGAGAUGACGUUCCGUGUGAUGUUCUCGCUGGCCCUGCUACUGCAAAUCGACGCGUUCCUUUUCGGCUUCAUACCGACCACCCCCAAGAGCGAAGGGAAACGGGAGUUCAACGUUUACUGGAACGUACCCACGUUUAUGUGCCACAAGUACGGGCUGCACUUUGAAGAAGUAUCGGAGAAAUAUGGUAUCAUACAGAACUCGAUGGAUAAGUUCCGCGGAGAAGAGAUCGCUAUUCUUUACGACCCUGGCAUGUUCCCGGCGUUGCUGAAAGAGCCGAACGGAAACGUAGUGACGAGAAACGGCGGUGUCCCGCAAGAAGGCAAUCUCACCAAGCAUCUCCAAGUAUUUCGGGAGCACUUAAUCAAUCAGAUCCCGGACAAAUCGUUUCACGGUGUGGGGGUGAUCGAUUUCGAAAGUUGGAGGCCAAUCUUCCGACAGAAUUGGGCUUCUCUCCAGCCUUAUAAGAAACUCUCCAUAGAGAUAGUUCGCCGCGAGCAUCCGUUCUGGGAUAGUCGGAGCGUGGAACAGGAAGCGAAGCGAAGAUUCGAGAAAUACGGGAAACUUUUUAUGGAGGAGACAUUGAAGGCUGCCAAACAGAUCAGGCCGUCCGGUAGUUGGGGCUACUAUGCUUACCCUUAUUGCUACAAUCUCACACCGAAUCAACCCAGUUCCCAGUGCGAUAGCACGACGAUGCAGGAAAACGAUAAAAUGUCAUGGCUGUACGCGCUGGAAGACGUUCUCCUGCCGUCGGUAUACUUGAGACUGAGCCUGACCAGCAGCCAGAGAGUGGGCCUGGUCGGUGGCCGCGUGAAGGAAGCCUUGAGAAUAGCGAAGCAAAUGGCAGCGAGGAAAAGGGUUCUCCCCUAUUACUGGUACAAGUACCAAGAUCAGAGGGACACGUAUUUGAGCAAGGCUGACCUGGACGCUACUCUGCGGAAGAUCGCGGACCAGGGCGCGGAUGGACUCAUCAUUUGGGGCAGCUCGAACGAUAUCAACACGAAGCAAAAGUGCGUGCAGUUCAGGGAAUACCUGAACAACGAUCUAGGCCCCAGCGUGGAUCGGACGAGACGAAUGGCACUGGGAUCGAGCGAAUACAACGGCAACUCCGUGGACAAUCGGAUCGACGGGAGCGUGGACCAGGCGUGACGAUUCAGGCAGCUCGUGGACCGAUUCUCUCGCAAAAGAGGCAAAGUAUUAGGGGAAAUUGUAAAAGCCUUUAGCCUGUUGCGUGGCUUACGCGUGCGAUUACCAUAUACGCGAGGUGCGCGGAGGAGCUGCUCGACCUUCGAAAUAGAAAGAUGUUGGACACGAGACGCGUCGUUGAAACCAAAGACGACUGGUCUAGACGAUACUCGGAGACGUUCCGCGACGUAAUAUCCGAGUAUCGGGCGACGAUCGAAAUAAAUUUCCUACGAAACUACCACUUCUUUCAUUCUACCCUCGCGAAGUGGGAGUGGCUGGCGGACAAAUACGAAACUCUGACCGAGCCGUGGCGCAUUCUUCUUCGUCUGCUGGCUUCUGUCUUCCUCCUCUGGGAUCCGUGAACCUUCGAUACCGUCUGUCACCGAGGGUU